UGGAACCUAGAAAUAGGACCACCAUCAUCUUGAAGCGACAAUCAAUCUAUGCCUACCGCGGAGCAUGCGAAUGGUGAUUAUCAAACUCUAGCCAAUCAUAAACGCUUGGAAAGUUUCAGAAGCGCAAUGAUCCAAGAUUGGUUUGGUAUCAUGAGGACGCAGAAAGUAGCAACCACUAUCUCAGAGCCAGUGGAGAAAACUGUUAUAAGUGAUCGGCAAACUUCUUUCUUGCAGGGUCUCCAAACUAUUGCGCUACAAUGUCACUUGUGGGGCUGCAAUGAAAAACAAAAACGUUUGCACAUGGUCACCACUUGCGACUGCAUUCAACAGCAAGCCUGCGGAUUCGUUAGGAAUAAGUUUAUUGGGACAACCGACGAGCUUGAUAAGGCCAGAGGAUUUGAAUUGCUCAAAAGGCAAGCCAUUGCUCAAUCGGAUGUAUUGAUCAAAGAAGCAACAAGCUCAAUUAGAAACAGAAAGAUGGUCGAGGUCUUUGACGAACUAUCCGAUUCCUUAUGCAAAGUUGCAGAUCUGGCAGAAUUUGUUAGGAUUGCUCAUCCUGACAGAGAGUUUUCAAAUGUUGCGGAAGAAGCAUGCAUCACAAUCAGUGGUGUUGUUGAAAAACUGAAUACGCAUAGAGAACUUUACAAUUCACUUGUGAAUGUCGUGCAAACUGGAGAUGUUGUGGAGACUACAGAAAUUGAUGAACACGUUGCAAAACUUUUUGUUUUCGACUUUGAGCAAUGUGGUAUACAAUUGCCUGAGGAACAACGGUGCAAGGUCGUUAAGUUGAAUGAUCGAAUUCUACAGAUUGGGCAGAAAUUCAUGGCUGGAGCAGUACAUCCACGAGCGGUACAGAAAAACGCUCUGCCUGAAAAAAUUAGGCAAUUUUUUACAACAAAAGGUGAUCAAAUACUGGUACAAGGCCUGUACACGGACUCCUCCAGUACAAUAGCUAGAGAAGCUGCGUACAAGAUCUUUCUGUUUCCUGAUGCCCAGCAGGAAUAUCUUCUCAGCCAGUUACUCAUGGAUAGACACGAGUUGGCCAAAAGUUGCGGCUUUGAUUCCUACGCCCAAAGAGCCGUCAGAGGCAGUACAGUCGAAACGCCUGAAGUAGUAUGUGACUUUCUCAACACUCUCAAUGACCAACUAAAAGAGAGAGCUCGUAACGAUUUCGAAAUAAUGCAGCGGAUGAAAAACGCAGAAAGCAAACCUAGACAGGAUUUAAUGGCAUGGGACACAGCGUAUUUUACAGCAAAAGCAAAAAAAGCGUGGCUAGGCACACCUGGUACUGAAUUCGCACCGUAUUUCUCUCUUGGGGCAUGUAUGGAGGGCAUCAACAUUCUGACACAAGCCUUGUAUGGGGUGAAGCUAGAGUCAGAACCUGUAAAACGAGGAGAAGUUUGGGCCAGUGACGUUUACAAAUUGGCCGUGAUUGAUGAUGUUAUGGGCAAUCUUGGAUAUAUUUACUGUGACUUUUACGAAAGAGAAGGAAAGCCUAAUCAAGAUUGUCAUUUCACAAUUAGAGGUGGUAAACAGCUCUCAGAUGGCUCUUAUCAGUCGUUUCAGAAUCCGAUAGUAGUUCUGAUGCUGUCUCUGCCAUCGCCAAGAUGGUCAUCUCCAAGUCUUUUGAGUCCAUCGUCCGUCGAUAACUUGUUCCAUGAAAUGGGCCACGCGUUGCAUUCAAUGUUGGGAAGAACUCAGUACCAGCAUGUAACAGGUACAAGAUGCAGCACAGAUUUUGCAGAGGUUCCAAGCAUUCUAAUGGAGUUCUUUGCAAGCGAUCCAAGGGUAGUCUCAACUUUUGCAAAACACUUUCAGACACAAGAGUCGAUCCCAGACUCCAUGUUACAGAGGCUAUGCGCCUCAAAACACUUAUUUUCUGCCUCCGAAUUGCAAAAUCAGGUAUUCUACAGUAUGUUGGAUCAAGUGUAUCAUAGCAAAAGACUGGACCAACCUACUACGGAAAUAUUGGCGGACUUACAGGGCAAAUAUUAUGGCUUACCUUAUGUUGAAAACACGGCUUGGCAAUUACGAUUUUCACAUUUGGUAGGAUACGGGGCAAAAUAUUACUCAUAUCUAAUUUCUCGGGCAAUCGCCUCUUGGAUCUGGCAGACCUACUUCGAGGUUGAUCCCUUCAGUCGAUCUGCCGGAGAGAGAUAUCGUCGAGAAUGCCUCGCGCACGGCGGAGGAAAACCCGCAUCGGUAUUAGUCUCAGACUUUUUAGCUAAAGAGGCAAAUGCGAAAAAUUUUGCGAAAUCACUAAUCAAUGAAAUCGACGCCAAGAACGAACAUGUGGUAAAAAUGAAAUAUAUGACUUAAAACGAAUACUGCGAUCUGAUAAUUGGAGGCAAAUGAAAGACAUGACCGAAUUGUCAAUGGAUAGCAA